GGUAGUGAAGACGCACGAGAAGCAAGAGGGGUACAACGAACCCCUCUAGGCUCGGUUCGAGUCUACGGAGCUCGGAGUUGUGUUCGAAUCAUGGCGACACCCGACCCCGUAGACCCAGCCACCCUAGAGAUAAAGACCCGUAGCAUAGAACAGACACUACACCCACUAGUAAAGCAGAUUUCCACGUUAGUGUCGCACAGAGAACGUCCGCUAUGUUCGGACAGAAGUCUCCGUGCUGUUGCCAGAGUCGGGCAAGCGGUGAAUCUGGCUGUGGAGAGGUUCGUCACCGUUGGCGAAACGAUCGCGGAUGGAAAUCCAGAGAUCAGGGACGACAUGUACCAGGCGUGCAAGAGGGCAAGAGAUGCUGGCUCGGCGAUCGAAAAAUUAUGCGAGUGCGCGACGGAGGACAGCCUAGCUGACCGAGGCUCCGUCGUGAGGGCUGCGAGAUGCCUCCUCGGCUCCGUGACCAAGGUCCUCCUUCUGGCCGACAUCGUUGUGGUGAAGCAGCUUCUCCUCGCGAAGAAGAAGGUUGCCCGUAGCCUCGGCCGCCUCGAGAGCGUUUCCAACUUCACCGAAUUCGUCAAGGCUUUCAGCCAGUUCGGGGCGGAAAUGGUGGAAUUGGCCCAUUUGACGGGUGAUCGCCAAAAUGACUUGAAAGACGAGAGGCGAAGGGCGCAGAUGGCAGCGGCUCGCCAAGUUUUGGAGAGGAGUACCAUGAUGCUGCUCACGUCCAGCAAAACCUGCCUUAGGCAUCCGGAGUGUCCGUCUGCCAGAGAGAACAGAGACACCGUUUUCUGCCAGAUGCGAAGGGCCAUGGACUUGAUACAUUACGUGGUCAAAGACGGUGUCCUCGAUUGCAGCGAGUCCCAGUCUUACUCCAAUUCCCAGAGUCCACAGCAGGAGGAUUGGGACAGCAGCACGGCGUUCUCCGCGUUGAAACACUUCGAGAGGUUGGUCGAAACCACGAGAAUGACUCUCCUAGGACCGGGUUGUCGAGAGACCCUCACCGCCGCGUUAGACACCGUCAUCGAGAGAACGCAGGAUUUCACUGACAGCGCAUACACGAGCCACGAGCACAGAGAGAAUAUACUUCUGCUUUGCGAUCGGGCGCAACUCGAACUCAACACCCUCCUGCGAAUUGGUAACAGUAUGAAUUACGAAGGCGGUGGUGGCUCUCCGAGUUCUGAAAUGGAGCAAGCCGUUCUGGGAGUGUUACGUACCACCAGGGAUCUUCGCCAGCAGCUGUGCACGACCACAAUGGAACAAGCGGCUGAUCUUGGACAGGUAACUAAAGCGGGUCAGGAACUUGUGUCAACGAUCAGGAACGUCGCUUUGGCCAAUGACAGAUAUCUUCUUCAAGAGAGCAACGAGAAAUUUCGCGAAUACAUUGAACACAUUCUCGAGGUGUGCAAAAUGCUGAGACACGUCGCGCUCUCGGAAUCAUUGCAAGUUUCAGCGAAGUUCACCGAAAUUAACUUGAGAAUAUACGGCCCUCAAGUGGUGACAGCGGCGUACACUUUGGCGAGACAUCCUACGAGUAAAAUCGCCAAGGAAAACCUGGAAGUAUUCGCUGAUAUGUGGCAAUGGCUCAUGACCGAUGUGACCACAGUGGCGAAAGACGUGUUGGAAUUGAACCAAAAUCGACCGGAGAAACAAGUUUACAUGUCAUUGCCACGGCCUGGAAAACACGGAACAACGAGCAAGCCGUUGAAACCGGUGAAAUUGGACAGCGAGGAGCAGGCGAAGAUCGCGAAGGCCGGCCUCGAGAUGAAGCUGAUCACAUCCGAGAUGGACGCGGAAACGGAGAAGUGGCAGGAGAGCGGCAGCGCCCUCGAGGAGAACAACGACAUAGUGAAACGCGCCAAGAACAUGUCCUCGAUGGCGUUCUCCAUGUACCAGUUCACAAGGGGCGAAGGGGCGUUGAAGACAACCCAAGAUCUGUUCACCCAAGCUGAGUAUUUCGCCGAGGAGGCGAACAGAUUGUACAAGGUUGUGAGACAAUUCAGCUAUCAGGUACCAGGUGGCCCGCACAAGAAAGAACUUUUGGAAAAUCUGGAUCGUGUGCCAACGUACGUCCAACAGCUUCAAUUCACCGUGAAAAACCCCACGGUCGGGAAGGCGGCCACUUUUACAAAAGUCGACAACGUGAUACAAGAGACUAAAAAUUUAAUGAACGUGAUUUCGAAAGUGGUCACCACGUGUUUCGUCUGCGCUACAAAGCACAAUGUCACGAUGCCGCAGUACGUGGAGCUGAGCCCAACGGUGCCUGGCCUAGCCGAAGAGGAUUGCUUGUACCCGGUUAGCCCCCAAUUGCUACCGUCCACCAGUCCCUACGUGCAACCCCAUCCCCUCACAUCCGCCCAAUUGCACAACAUUCUGAGAGGUCCAAACCUCAACUUUUCCCAAUUGUUCAAUUACAACAACACGUUGGCAAACAACACAACUUCCACAACGGCGACGAGGAACACGACGUCCUUCGUCCAUCCUUCCGUCCUUCCAUACUCGUCACCGAUCACGUCCACACCCAGUUGCGGGCCGCAGGCUCCCUAUUGCCUGCAGAAUCUACAAUUGUUGCAGCUGCAGCUGCAACAGGCACAGCUGCAGCACCUAAGACACGCCACUCUGCCGAGAUAACACAGACUUUCGUUGCACCGCCAACGUGUGCUCUUCACGCGAAGCCACGACGCGAAGCGUUGCCUCUUUACGUUGCACAGUACAACCUGGAUUUCCGAGGUCUGUCGGCGCGUGGGGCCGGCGGCUCGCCGUACAGGGGCGGAGAGGGUGCAGGCGCCGACGGCGACGGUGGCGGUGCUGGUGUCGACGGCAGCAAGACGGGCUCCGCCCCCGGC